AUGAGAGAAAUAAUGCAAAUUUUAGUACAUUCUCAUAAAAACAUAUUAGAAAAUUUGUUUCCAACAGUCUUAGAAUGGGGAAAAAUAGUAGAAUUGGAAUCAGUUUUGAAGCCUAUGUAUAUGGCAACAACUUUAUUAUCAACAACAUCAUCUCCAACACAAGGAGAUCUUUGA